AGCCCUCUGGGCUCAAUUGGCUUACUAGAUGGCUUACCCACGCACCAUUUGAACGGUAUUUAACGUGCUAAGGCCUGGGUCUAGCCAAACAUGCAUCACCUGGCCCAGCCUGAAGCUGCAGGCGGGGCAUUCACACAUCAGGCCUCGAAUGGCACUCUCGCGGAGUCCGCCUUGUUGCUCGACGGAGCCGGGUCAGCCAAAGACGCCACGCCCAGGACCACCUUGCCGACCACUGAUGAGCCUUCAAGUAGGCAUGCUGGUAGGAGGUGGGCUACGUCGGGCACGUGCCUCGUGGUCGCUAUCAUGGCCACAGUGGCCGCCGUCAUCAGCCUGGUGCCAGGCGCGAGGGGCAGUGCCCGAGGCGCUGCUUCCCCGCGGGACUUCUUGGCGAGGGCCGAAGUAGCCCCUGCCACAACCUCGGCGUGGGAGCUGCUGGGAAGCUCCGAGCUGCACGCCGUCGCGGCGGACAACCUGAUACGCACGGGCCGCCCGUUCGCGGAGGCGGCCGACAGGGACGCCGUACAGGAGAUCGUCAGCCAGGUGUUCGUGAACCUCACGGAGGGCCUGUCGCAGCGGGCGCCCUCCCUGGCGGACGCGCUCCGCGCCGUCGGCCUCGGCACGAGCGAGCAGGCCGCACUGCUCGACGCCCUGCGCCUGCUGAGCAACUCCGAGGUGCGGCGGGUCGGCCUCAGCGUGGCGGAGGCCGUCCGGGGCAGCGGCUCGAAGGAGCAGGGGGACAUCUUGCAGCACAUCGGCGCCCAGCUGCGGGGGAAGAGGGAGGAGCUCCGGCGCCUCCGCAGCCGCCUGCUGCCGCCCCUGCUGCAGCCCUCGACGGCGGGCCCAGACUCGGCGGCACUGCUGACGCUAGACGCCGAGAGCCUGCGAGUCCUUGCCACAGUGGACGGCUCCUGGGUGCAGGACGAGGAGGAGGAGGCCGACCCGCCAAACGAUGCGGGCGUGCCAGACUGGUACAGGAGCUUGCCGCAGUUGCCGUCCGAGGACGACUACCGCCGUCGCCUGAACUGGGAUUACGACAGAUCCUCGAGGAACCCGUUUUGGCGCGUGUCGUCCUUCCAGGCGGAGGGCGGCGACCAUACCAAAAGCAUCCCGGACGCCGUGCCGGAGCAGGGCAUGGAGGGCAUCCAGGAGGGCGUGCUGGAGCAGGGCCGCGUGCUGCUGGACCUGCUGCUGCACCUCCCCUCCGAGGAGCGCGCCGCGCCCCACCGCGGCUCCGCCGACGCGACUACGUCGGAGGCGGCGCGGGCGCUGGGCGACGCGCCGCUGGAGCGGGCGCUGGGGUCCGACGCCGCCGAGCAGGUCUCCUGCGGCGCCGGGACCCGGCACGCCGCGGCGUGCCUCCUCAAGCUCGGGGCCCAAGGCCUCGGCGCGCUGUGCUUCGCGUAGAGGCCGCGCGCGCCCAAUGGCGGCCCCACUGUUCGACGGGAGGGGGGGGGAGCGGGGUGGGGCCGCCCAUCACAAUUUGCUUAUGAUGUCGGACAUCUGUGCUUUUGGCGAUGCGCCACUGCUCCUGUACUCUAUACUGCGUAAUCGUUUCUUGAGUCGCCGCCGCUGCAUUUGAAUUGGAAUUUUUCUCGCUCGGCAGGAAGGGCCUUUAGCACGUUUUACUUCUUCGCUGCAAGAGCCCAAAGGCGGCCUGGCUCUCGAGGCUCGAGGGCGGAAGCUCCCUCCCUCGCUGCCCCCCCGCCCACUCCCUCCUCCCCCAUGGGGUCUGGGAUUCUCGCUCGCGCUUCCCCACACGGUGUCCUCCUUCGGUGACCGCGCUGCCCUGGUCAAACGACCGGUCGGCGCCCGCAUGCUGGACGGCCUGCGCCCCAGACCGGUGCAGGCCUUUUGCUCGCUAGGUCCGACGGCCGUCGGUUCAGCCACAACCUCGCGGGCCUCCCGCAGCGUCCCUCCCGGUAUACCCAAACUGUUCUCGCCUCCCGGGCGCGAUUGUCCAACUCCCGCCGCAGCAGACAGCCUGUGAGCAGGGCCACGUUUCAUUGCAGACAGUGGAUUAGGCGAUCCUCUCCUCCAUUACCUCCGCCCUAUCACUCUCUCUCUCUCUGUCUAUCUCUUUAUCGCUCGCAUGUGUGCUGCCGCCCAGCGGCCGCUUCAGCGGCACUCCAAGAAUUUUGAAGUUCGAGUGCGACCAAGGCGCACUGACGUUGUACGACUAAUGCGUGGCAGCUUGCGCGCGAUCAGGGCGCAGCAGGGCCGGGCCAAAGGGCGCGUCGGGCCGCGCAGGGCCGCCUGCCGACGCAGGCAGCAGACCAGCCAGCCCUCGGGCGGCCAGCGGCGGGAAGGGGGAGGGGGACCAGGACGGAGCUUCCGAGUUCAAAGAUGGCCUGUGGGAGGAGAAGCGGAACCCUGCCCAGCUCCUCUCACGUUUUGGCACCUCUCUGCCCGCUCCACAGUUACAGUCUACUGUGUGAGGUCGCGUUGUUUGGGACGGCUGGCUCAGUCUGCCUUUUCCAUCGAGUACAGUACAGUACAGCUUAGUGGGAGUAGGAAGUGCCCCCACCCCCAAUACUCGUUCUAUGGGCGGAGGAUCGAUAGUGCUCGCACCUGGCACGCCGCGCGAGGGGCCAGGAGGACAUGACGCCGCCGUCAUGCCUGGAGAACGCCCGCGGGGCGGACGACACCCAUCGACGCCAGGGGCUUCGGCCCCCCUCCGGGGUUGACGUCUCCUCCUCCUCCUCCUCCUCCUCCUCCUCCUCCU